AUGACAAAGAUCCAAAACGAAGUCCUUGAAACAGGCUUCGACCGCCUCAGCCAACUCGUCAACGACACCAUACGUCCAAAACUCGAGACUCUCCUAGCAGACCACGACAACGCCUCCUCAAUGUCUGACGUUGAAGAGAUCCCUCGCGAUCUGUCAGUCCUUCCUGCCCAUUUACGCGAACUUACUCCCUCUCCGAAUCACUUCGACCUCGAGCACAACCAGCACAACGCAUCCGGAUUUAAUUCCGCCCACCACACCUUCCACAACCCACAGAUCCACCUCGACCACCGUCUAUCAACCCUAGAAAACCACUUCGGCACUGUCCAAGCCCAACUAUCGGAUCUGGACGCCCGUUCCUCCCUGGCACUGAUGAAUGAGACUCUCCGUAUCAGGGAGGAGUUGGCGCAAAUCAAUGGCGCCAUGUACAGUACGCGGGCGCAGGUGCAGUGGUUGCUGAAUCGGGAGAGACUUGUGGGGCAGCGUGAGGCGAUGAGGGGGAGGGUUGGUGCAGCGCCUGUCACGGCCAAUUCUAGUGCUGUAGAAAGUGGAGGGACUGGUGAGGUCGGUGGAAGUGACUGGAUCUGA